CCUCACGUGUCAGGAGGCGCUGCGCCGGGCUGGCUCUCACCAAAGUCCUCGGCUCCGGAUCGCUGGCCCGAGCCCCCGCCCCUCCCCCGCUUCCCGGCCGGGCGCCCCCUCAGCUGGCUCCGCGCAGCCCGCGCGCUCACGCCCGGGGACAAUCCUCGCCUUGUCUGCGGCGCCCGCUUCUCGAGUUCUCAGUAGCCUCGGGCUACGCCUUUUUUCCAGGGCGGCGCCCUAUCCCUGCUCCUCCUCGCGGCUGGCCGCACUGCAGCCCCCGUCCCUCUUCCCAGAGCCCCUCCCCGGAGUUGGGAUCUCGGCGCACCGCCCCAGAGCCCUGCGGGCCUGUGUGCCGUCUCCGCCCGCUCCCCGCCAUGGCCUCCUCCGACCCGGGACUCCGGCUCCUGCUGGGGCUCCUGCUGCUGCUGCCGCCGCCGCCUGCGACCUCGGCCUCCGACCGUCCCCGGGGCAGCGACCCGGUCAACCCAGAAAAGCUGCUGGUGAUCACGGUGGCCACAGCCGAGACGGAAGGAUACCGGCGUUUCCUGCGGUCCGCGGAGUUCUUCAACUACACAGUGCGGACCCUGGGCCUGGGAGAGGAGUGGCGAGGGGGUGAUGUGGCCCGAACGGUUGGUGGAGGACAGAAGGUCAGGUGGCUGAAGAAGGAGAUGGGGAAAUACGCAGACCGGGAGGAUAUGGUCAUCAUGUUUGUGGACAGCUACGACGUGAUUCUGGCUGGCAGCCCCUCGGAGCUGCUGAAGAAGUUCGUCCAGAGUGGCAGCCGCCUGCUCUUCUCUGCGGAGGGCUUCUGCUGGCCCGAGUGGGGCCUGGCAGAGCAGUACCCUGAGGUGGGCACGGGGAAGCGCUUCCUCAACUCUGGUGGAUUCAUUGGCUUUGCCCCCACCGUCCACCAAGUCGUCCGCCAGUGGAAGUAUAAGGAUGACGAUGAUGACCAGCUGUUCUAUACGCGACUCUACCUGGACCCUGGGCUUAGGGAGAAACUCAGCCUCAAUCUGGAUCACAAAUCCCGGAUCUUUCAGAACCUCAAUGGGGCUUUAGAUGAGGUGGUUUUAAAGUUUGAUCGGAAUCGUGUGCGCAUCCGGAAUGUGGCCUAUGACACACUUCCCGUCGUGGUCCAUGGGAACGGUCCCACUAAGCUCCAGCUGAAUUACCUGGGAAACUAUGUCCCUAAUGGCUGGACUCCCCAGGGAGGCUGUGGGUUCUGCGGCCGGGACCGGAGGACACUCCCGGGGGGGCAGCCUCCCCCCCGGGUGCUUCUGGCUGUGUUUGUAGAACAACCUACCCCGUUCCUGCCCCGCUUCCUGCAGCGGCUGUUCCUCCUGGACUACCCCCCCGACAGGGUCACCCUCUUCCUGCAUAACAAUGAGGUGUACCACGAGCCCCACAUUGCAGACUCCUGGCCGCAGCUCCAGGACCACUUCUCAGCUGUGAAGCUGGUGGGGCCAGAGGAGGCCCUGACACCAGGCGAGGCCAGGGACAUGGCCAUGGACACUUGUCGGCAGGACCCGGAGUGCGACUUCUACUUCAGCCUGGAUGCUGACGCUGUCAUCACCAACCAGCAGACCCUGCGCAUCCUCAUCGAAGAGAACAGGAAGGUGAUAGCGCCCAUGCUGUCCAGGCACGGGAAGCUGUGGUCCAACUUCUGGGGAGCCCUGAGCCCCGACGAGUACUAUGCCCGCUCGGAGGACUACGUGGAGCUGGUGCAGCGGAAGCGAGUGGGCGUGUGGAAUGUGCCCUAUAUAGCCCAGGCAUACAUGAUCCGUGGUGAGACCCUGAGGACAGAGCUGCCCCAGAGGGAGGUGUUCUCGGGCAGUGACACUGACCCAGACAUGGCCUUCUGUAAGAGCCUGCGGGACAAGGUGAGUGGGGCCUGGGCGCCCGAAGCCAGGGUGCUGGGAAGCAGCCAGCCGUGUCUCCUCACACCCCCCCCCCACCCUGCCCGCCAGGGCAUCUUCCUCCACCUCAGCAAUCAGCACGAAUUUGGCCGCCUCCUGGCCACUUCCCGGUAUGACACCGACCAUCUGCACCCUGACCUCUGGCAGAUCUUCGACAACCCCCUGGACUGGAAGGAGCAGUACAUUCAUGAGAACUACAGCCGGGCCCUUGAAGGGGAGGGGCUUGUGGAGCAGCCGUGCCCAGAUGUGUACUGGUUCCCGCUGCUGUCUGACCAGAUGUGCGACGAGCUGGUAGAGGAAAUGGAGCAUUACGGCCAGUGGUCAGGAGGCCGGCACGAGGACUCGAGGCUGGCGGGAGGCUACGAGAACGUGCCCACCGUGGACAUCCACAUGAAGCAGGUGGGCUAUGAGGACCAGUGGCUGCAGCUGCUGAGGACGUAUGUGGGACCCAUGACAGAGAGCCUGUUCCCAGGCUACCACACCAAGACCCGGGCAGUGAUGAACUUCGUGGUCCGCUACCGGCCAGACGAGCAGCCUGCUCUGCGGCCCCAUCACGACUCGUCCACCUUCACUCUCAACGUGGCCCUCAACCACAAGGGCCUGGAUUAUGAGGGAGGUGGCUGUCGCUUCUUGCGCUAUGACUGCAUAGUCUCGUCCCCACGGAAGGGCUGGGGUCUCCUGCACCCCGGCCGCCUCACCCACUACCACGAGGGGCUGCCCACUACUCGGGGCACUCGCUACAUCAUGGUGUCCUUUGUCGACCCUUGACACUCAACCACUCUGCCAAACCUUCCCUGCCGUUGUGCCUUCCUGCGCCCCCCUCCUUGGAGAUGGGGGUCUGUCUGGCACCUCCCUUCCUGAGUGGAUGUUCGGCGUGCCUGGGACUGAAUGUGUCGCCUCCCCCCCCAACACACGGCCCUCUCAGGAAGCUCCUGGAGCCCCCUUGCCCCUCCCCACAGUCCCCAAAGAUUCAUGGGGAGAAGGCUUCUGGGGUUCCCCAUACAAUAAAUUAUUGUUUCUCAGCCUCCCUCCC